CCAAAUGAUGGAUUUUUAUGUUUGUAGUUGUUUUUAGACUUAAAUAUUUGAAAUGUUUUAAGACUUAUGUGUUGAAAAUUUUGGUUUUAUCAUUGAUGAUGCAUAUAAUUGAUAUUUAUUGUUUAUAUUAGGGGUGAAAAAUAAUUUAAAAGUGAGAAAAUACAAGUACCUUCACAAAUUCGGUUUUGUGUGAAAAACCGAACCGAAUUAUAAUUCGGUUUAAACUGACUGAACCGAAUUAUAAUUCGGUUCGAAUUCGAUUUGAGGUUUGGGAGAAUUCGGGGACCCGGUAUUCAUAAUUUCAGUUCGGUCGAAACCGAACCGACUGAAUGCCCACCCCUACUCGGAUUUGUGGCGUCAGGAGAAGAUGCGAGAUAGUAGUAGUGGCGCAAGACGGCAAGAAGAUGGCUGCAUGCAAGCACGCGGUCUCGAGCAUCGACUUGAACAGCGGGCCGACGGGUUCCGUGGGUCGAUGAGAGCGGGUGAGUGCGACGGUCAGCAUGGUGGCGUGGGAUGGGGAGGAGGAAAAAAAAGUGGUAGGUUCUAAAUUUUAAACCCUUGAUCAGAUGGUUAAUUAUAUAAAAGAAAAUGUUAUCCAUUACGCCAAAAAUAACUUCGAGCGGGUUGACCCAAAGCGGACAAUAUCGUAAUCACUCAGUAUCGACGAAGCCCGAAAUUGUGAUGUUCCACGACACGACAGUUCGUUCUGGCAUUCUGUCGAACAGCUUUCGUGCAGAGUCCAAUUCGCUCGGGUUAAUUCCCAGAAUACGGCAUUAAUUAAACAUAAUUCCCAUAUAAUACAUAGGAUUUAUAAAAUUUUCCCAAACUACCCAAGUUUCAAAGAGUUCGAGACCCAUAAACUCGAACAACAAGCCAGUUCGACGAUGAAGAACUCGAACUAACACCACAUCGAGUUCUUAAAACUCGAUCAACUGUAGACUGAUUUUGGAAGAAUCGAUCAAGGUAGAUCGACGACAAAGGACUCGGUCAAAGUAGAACAACUUUGGACAACUCGAUCCCACUUAGAUCGAUGCCAAACAACUCGAUCAAGUUAAACGACUUUAGAAGCCUCGAUCCAUAUCUGCACUAGAUCGAUGCCUUACAACUCGAACAACCUGAAUCGAUUCCUAUGGCCUCGAACCACUGGUCGAUUAUCUCUACAAAGUCACUUUCCGCCGACAUGCUUCACGAUAGGGUUACAGGGAUAAGAUUCUUUGCUGUACUAGAUCGAGUUCUAAGGACUCGAACUAGUCUAGUUCGAUUACCCUGAACUCGAACCACUGCUCAAUCAUUCUGUCCAAUCGCUUUCGGCCCGACAUGCUCCAGAAUAGGGUGUAGGGGUAAAAUUAUUUAUUGUCCUGGAUCGAGUUCUCUGAACACGAACCACUGUAGUUCGAGUUUUUUGACCUCGAACCACUGCAUCAAUUUACAAAGAUAAAAAAGUAACCACUUAACACAUUCUGAUUUCUGGCAGCUCUUAUACAGCGUCAGGUUUGUUUCGUUGCCCAGCUUAAUCUAAAAGAUUGUGAAUUGAAGUUAGUAAUACCUAAAUAUAUAUUUCUUGAAUUGAAUUCGAAGUACACGUGACAACACCCCAGCGAUCCCCUGCACACCACCAUGCACGACGACACGUGCCCCCCACAACUCUGUCUCUGUAAUUAGUCAGUCCCCAAUUUCUCCAUCAGCUCGAUCAAAUCCAAGAAAUCAGCGAAAUCGACCAAAUUGAACCUCCGAUUGAUCAUUCGCCGGCGUUGGGGAGGAAAAAAAACAAGUUAAAACCGUCUGAUCGAAUUGAUUGAUGGGGAAGCUGGCAUCGGCGAGGGAGUACAGGAUGUACGGUCCGACGAGGCAGAGCCGGAACAGGGCAGAGUACAUCAACGCGGGGCUCUACCUCUUCGCCACCGUCGUGUUGAUCUCCGGUUUCGCCGCCCAGUUCUCCGGCGAGCCGAGGUCCGGCCUCGUCCUCCUGCUCAUCGCCCUGCUGAUCAUGGUCGCCGUCAACGUCCACGACAUGGUCGCCCACCUCUCCGGGAUCGACUUCCGGCUGCCGAAUCUGAUGGAGCUCGACCCGCAGCUGGCGCUCGUCGAGUUCGCCGUCCCGCUGGUGCUCGCCGCCGGCGCCUUGCUCUGGUUCCUCGCCGUCCUCUUCCUCUUCCUCCAGGCACAGAAAGGGUACAGGUACCUGGGAUGGGAGCGACACUCCCUGAACAUGGUGGUAGCAGGGACGGCAAUGUGGGUGCUCGGCUCGAUCCACAACGUGUGCCAAAUCUACGAGCGAGCCGACGCCCACGUUCAGAUCCUCCAGCAGACCGUGCAGCUCCCGUUCCUGAUGGGGAGCUUGCUGUUCCUGGUGGGCGCCAUCCUCAACAGCAGAGAGCAGGCCAAGAAGGAGCACCACGGUCUACAUUUGCUGGGGACGACUCUGGUUUGGAUGUCGAUCUACGGGAGCUUGAUGUUCUUCGUGGGCGGGUUGGCCAACGUGGUGAAGGUGUUCAAGAUGCAGCAGAUGAACGGCCUCCGGCUCGAGAAGCUCCGCGGCGGGGCCCUGGAGCGACUGAUGCAGGGGAGGGAAGGGCAGGUGCCUCUGAUCAUUGAAGAGCAGAGGCGGAGGAGCGUGAGGUUGCCUGCUGCUGCAGCUGGAGAACCGGUAGCAACAUCGACGAUGCCGGCGGUCACGACGAACAUUCCGACGCCGUAUAAAGAUGUUCUUCUUGGACAUGCUCAACCUUAGUUGUUUCUUUGGCUAGUGGACUUCUCCCAUAUAUUCAUUGGAAAACCCAUGUCCAGGAUUAGAGAAAUAACGUAAUCAAUCUCUUUUUUUUUUUUUUUUUUGCUAUGGUUUUGGUUUUUCUCUUUUGUAUUUUUUUUUGCUUCGUUUUAUCGGUGUUGUUCUACCAUCGUUUCGACUAUAGGACUCGUAAUAUUUGUGUGUUGUUCACGUGAAAAAGAACGAAACAAGGAGGAGAAGCAUUCCUUGAUUGGAAUGAAAUUAAAAUUAGUGGUUAUAUAGUUCCAUUGAAAACCCCAUGUCGAGGAUGAGAGAGAUAAUAGAAUCAUCUCUCUUUUUUUUUUUUUUGCUAGGGUUUUGGUUUUUCACUUUCGUAUUAUGUUGUUUUGCUUUCGUUCUAUCAUGUGUUGUUCUACAUCAUUUCGAUUACGGGACUCAUAAUUUUUGUGUUUCUGCAAGUGGAAGAGAAGAAGAAAACAAGAGGGAGAGGUGUUUUGGUAUGAAAUUAGUGCAUAUAUAGCAAAAAAUUUGUACUGAUCCUUUGUUGACCUGGUGGCGGGAAGGCGAGGUGCGGAGCUAGCUAUCGUGCAGCUGUUCUCGCCGCCAUGAUUCGAGGAUUGGUAGCAGUAGCAAAAAAAUUGUUAUUAGUACUAUUUGACUAUCAUCUUUUCCUCUUGUUCAGAUUUCAUUUCCCAAAGGCCAAAUCAAAACAAACCUAUCGAAAUUAUUUACUAAACAAAAAUUCAUGUUUACC